AUGCAAAUAUUUAUUGGAUCUGCAACAAAGAUUCUGAUGCUGAUUCCUGAGUAUUAUGAUAAGUGGGCCGAUUGGAUGGAAGAUUAUCUUAAUGGCAUCGAUGAAAAUAUGUGGAAAUCUAUCAAGGAGGUAAAUUAUCGUAAAGAUUUGGUUGAGAACGUUGGAAGUGUCGGAACAGAUGCAAACAUGGUUUCACAAGCAAACACCAGGAAGGCUUGUGAUCUUCGUGAACUGAGAGGUUCUCUUCCUCCUUUUGUUUACAGCUAUGUUCGUGGACGCACAACUGCUAAGGAAAUACGGGAUACUUUGAAAGAUAAGUAUUAG